AUGGCAGUCAGUUAUAUUUUCGAUCACCCCUUUGAAACAGCUCUUGGGACCCUCGUCGUCGGUGUCGUCAGCUAUAUCCUCCACCAACGAUUUUUUCACCCCCUUGCCAGAUACCCGGGGCCAUUGCUUGCCUCCCUCACCGACUUAUGGCAGGUGCAUCAAUUCAUGACGUUGAAACAACCGUACAAUUUGACAGAACUUCACGAAAAACAUGGAUCUAUUGUUCGCUAUGGACCCGACAAGUUGAGCAUCACUGACGAAGAAGCCAUUAAAUUGAUCUAUCAGAGCGGGGCAAAGUACAUGCCGAAGACUGAGUUUUACGAUGCCUAUGGAGCAGCUCACCCUAACAUCUUUGGGAUGCGUGAUGAAUCUGCUCAUUCCAUUCGGCGCCGUCAUAUGAGCCAUUCGUUCUCGAUCAGUUAUGUCAAAGAGAUGGAAGGCUAUCUCGACGCAAACAUCAAGAUCCUCCGAGACAAGAUAUCCGAAUUCGCAGCGAAUGACCAGAACUUUGAUCUCAAGAAAGCUUUGCAUCAUUAUGUCAUUGACACGCUCGGUGAAUUGGCUUUUAGUCAGACCUUUGGCAUUCAAGUAUGUGAUGAUGAGUCCCGAGUCCCACCCGUCAUUCAGCAUAGCCUACUCGCCGCGGUGACCGGUGCUUGGCCGAUGAUGACCGCAAGGCUGAAGAGAUGGCUGCCAGUUGUUCCACAUAAAGGUCUGAGUGCUUUGUUUGAGGGACGGCAAGCCUGUGCAGAUCUAGCCUCACGUUGCGUGAAUGUCCGGUUGAACGCGUUGAGAAACUCUAGCCAGAGCCAAACAAUUGCACCCGAGCGAAAGGAUAUCCUCACGAGUCUCAUAAACGCCAAGCAUCCUGAUACGGGCAAGCAUCUGACGCAGACUGAUCUUGAGACGGAGGCAUUCGGUUUCAUCAUUGCUGGAACUCAUACUACAAGUGCCACUACAACUCUACUUUUUUACCACCUCCUUCAUCAUCCUGACCUAAUGGCAAAAUGCGUCGCAGAGGUUGACACGAAUCUUCCACCCUUACAUAAAGAUGAAGGUGCAUACUCUGUUUCUGCGGCUGAAAGCUACUUGCCGUAUCUGAAGAACUGCAUAAAGGAGAACUUUCGUGUCACACCAGUGUUUACAAUGCCCCUGGCGAGAAGAGUUCUGAAACGGGAAGGUAUUAUCAUUGCUGGCAACCAUAUACCUUACGGUACAUCAAUCGCGGUAUGCAAUCAUGCCUUCCACCACAACCCCAAGAUAUUUGGCGCCAAUCACAAUGAUUUCGAUCCUUCACGAUGGGAUGAGCCGGAGAUUGCGAACAAGUCUAAGCUACUGAUGCAUUUUGGUCUUGGGGGCCGUCAAUGCUUAGGUAAAACUGUUGCUAUGACGAACAUCUAUAAGCUGAUGAGCACGCUCUUGAGCGAGUUUGAGUUUAAGUUGGCAGAGGAGAAAGGAUGCGAUACAACGACCAUGAAACCGGCAUGUAGUGACGUCCCAGAGUUGAUCAGUGUCGGAAUCAGCGAUCUCGCUAAGCCUUUGAUGGUGAAAGCCACGACACGGACGCGAGUUGAUCUCUGA